AUGCUAUCCUCCUCCCCAGACCAGACGUCAGCCAGUCUUCGCAAGAUCGCUGUUGUGGGCUCCACCGGAUUUUUGGGACCUUACCUCAUCGCUGCCCUGCUAAAAAAGAAUCACCAAUCUCAAAUCCUUUGUCUAAAUCGAUGCAGCGACGGAGAGAAACGAACCAUGUCUGUCGUGAGGCAGCUUGAUCCUGACAGUUAUCAGCACCAUAGUCGUUUGUCCUUCUUCACCGCCGACAUCGCAAAACCUCGCCUUGGGCUUGAUUGCAACCUGUAUGAGCUUCUAGCAUCUGAGUUCCACGAAAUCAUCUUCAAUGCUUGGAGCACUAGCUGGAACAUUCCGCUGGAGGAUUUUGAGCCACUUCUAUGCGCUUUGCGUAGCGCUAUACAUAUCUGCACCACAGGCCCACGGAAACCCCGUCUAACAUUCGUAUCUUCCACCUCUGCGCUUGGAAAUUGGUCAAAACUGCAUCCCGAGCAGCCACUGCUCCCCGAAGAACCUGCAUGGGACAAUGCAAGUGCGACAAGGGAUGGGUAUGGCCAAAGUAAGCAGAUUGCGGAGCAAUUGAUAGCCCGAGCGCAUGAGGAGCGCCAGCUACGUGCCACGAUUGUCCGCGCUGGCCUCAUUGGCGGCCCAUCUUCUACACAACCACGAUCACUGAGCUGGCCUAUUCAAGGUUCAGUAUACGUUCUCAUCAAAACCAGCCAAAGAAUGGGCAAGUGGCCUGCCCAGAUAAAUGCUCUGGACUGGAUUCCUGUAGACGCACUCGCAGACGGCAUUGCAGGAAUUACAACUACGCCGAGUAACAACAAGGUUCGCGUCUAUAACAUGAUGCAUCCCAAACCAGCGCCUUCCAUUCUGCUUUAUGAGACAUUAAAGAGCAAGUUCGGGCUAACAGCAAAACUAGUUAGUCUCCCUGAAUGGCUUGAGAACCUCAAUUCAACAUCAAAAUUGCGGAACUUUCUCCAACAGGCCGGUAUGGGUCGAGAGCAGGAGGGCAUGAUCUUUCAUAACCAGAACGCUCUAGGUGUUCUGCCAAGCGUCGAGCAAAUCACAGAACAGCGGUUGGCAACAUGGCUGGAUGGAUGGGGCCUUGAGCUGGAGAGGAUCACGUCCAGGCUAUAG